GAUUGUUAUUAUUGUGUUGCUGGAUGUCCGGAACCAAGGCAAGAUCAUGCGAAAUGUUGUGUUGAAAUGGGAUUGGCAAUGAUUAUUGCUAUACGUCAGUUUGAUCUUGAUCGUGGUCAGGAAGUGAACAUGCGGGUUGGAAUCCACACUGGCAAGGUGAUGUGUGGCAUGGUUGGAACGAAAAGAUUCAAAUUCGACGUAUUUUCAAAUGAUGUAACAUUUGCAAAUGAAAUGGAAUCAACUGGUAUUGCCGGCCGUGUACAUAUCUCAGAGGCAACCGCAAAAUUUCUCGACAACGAAUACAUUCUCGAAGAAGGCAAUCCACAUAAAGUUUUUUGUUGGAUCGCUGGUUACUUAGUUUUCAUUGAUAUUGAAUUUCAUCGUAUUUUGUUAUCGAGAAAAGCUGAAGAAGUUGAUCCUUAG